ACCUGGGGCAGAAGUGGAGUUCAGGCCGGCGGCGAUUGGCAAGUGAAGGGAAUGGUGUCUCCUCCCCCUCAGCCGGACUUUUGCAUGGCUUGGAAACAGGAAUCAGAAUUUACAAAGACAGAUAGAGCUGCCAGAGUCAUUCAGAAGGCCUGGAAAAGUUUCCUUGCAGAACUUCUAGAUGCUGCUGCUGGCAUUAAUGUACGAUUCAGAUUAGGUGGUGUUAAAUUUCCACCUGAAAUAUACUAUAAAAUUUUCACUCACAGACAUAUUGAAGAUCUGUGUGCUAAUAGCCCUAGAGAUUACACAAAACUUCCAGCAAAACGUACAUCUCAUAUUAAAAAUGAUAAUCUUCAGGAAGAGGAUUAUAGUGGCUGGUAUCGUCGUAUAGAGAACAAUGGCUGGAGGCCUGUUUCUGAUAAAUUUUGGAAGUCUACUGAAAAUGUAAUGGUGGGAGACAAAAAGGAAAGUGAAUUCCAUUUCUCUAAAUUGAAGAGAAGGCAAGAUAUAGAAAAGAAAAGAAAAAUUAAAAAAAUAGAAUGGAUGCGGCAAAUGUACUACACAGGAACCCUGGAGGCUAAGUCAACAAAUCAUGAAACUCUAGGUUUAAUUCACACAGCAACAAAAGGGCUAAUAAAAGCUUUCGAAGAUGGUGGAAUAGAUUCUGUGAUGGAAUGGGAAGUGGAUGAAGUGCUGAACUGGACAAACACACUCAACUUUGAUGAGUACAUUGCCAACUGGAAGGAAAUUGCUACAAGCAACUCUUCAGCUAACUUCAAAAGUUUCAGGUUUGAGCAAGCACGGGAAAAAAAAUAUGACUAUAAAGAUAUAUUGGAAGAGGAAAUGGGAACACAAGAAGAUACUUCAUUUGACAGUAUUUAUGAAGGACCAACUUUUACUAGACUAAGGAAGAAAGCAACUGAAAAUAAACAAGCUCAAAGAACAAGAUUUUCUAGGCUGCUGCAUAGACUUCUGAGAACCUGCUCUUCUCUCAGUCUCCAUGAUCCCUGAGAGGUCAAUCCUGUUAAUUAUACUCAUCAUCUGCGACUGAGCCAUACUUAGUUUGUUCCAUUUAGCAGAGGAAUUAACUUUGCUUUCCUAUACUUUUAAUAUCAAAUUCAAAGAAUUUCACUUUGGAAAAUAUCAAAUGUAGUGUCAAUUUUAGUAUACUUUAAUAAUCGAAAGUGUAUGCAUUCUUGCUUCGUAGUCUCGUUAGCUUCACCAAGAGGACAUGUAUUCCUAAACAUAAAAGCAAUUUUACUGGGAACAUGAAAAAUUAUGACAUUUUAUAAAUAUACAUAAAAUGUAGAAAAUAAUAUAAACACCCUUUUACCUACUAAACAGCUUUAUCAAAUCUAAGAUUAUUCAUAUUUGCUGGGCAAGAGAUAAAGCUCUCUUUGUACCCUUCACUGACCCCAUGCCCCUCCCUACCAACAAGAUGACUGCUAACUUGCUUAUCAUGUUCCUGUAUUUUUGGGUAUACAGUAUUUUUAUUUCAA